UCUAUGGAAGCAGCUCUAACCGCUAAUCGCUACUAGUCUCACGCAGCGGAAAGACUACAAUUCUCGUGAUGCUGAGCGCGUAUGGUAAACAUAGACCUGUCAAAAAAGCAAAGACUCCAUUUUGUCACCAGCCUUAAAAUGGCUGAAAAUGUAAGCGAGAGGAAGAGGCACAGAUCAGAUUUAUUAUUUUAAUUUUGAAAACCGCUUUCGCUGGGUUAAAUGGCCGACAGAAGAUCCAAACGCCGGUAAUAUGGAUAUCAAAACGGCGGUUUUUAACGCUGCCAGAGAUGGGAAGCUGAAACUUAUUCAGAAGUUGCUGAGCAACAAAACUCCCGAAGAGUUGGAAGCUCUUGCCGAGGAGAAGACGCAAGGGGGCACGCCUUUAUUGAUCGCCUCCAGGUAUGGCCAUUUGGAAGUUGUGGAUUACUUGCUUGAGCACUGCAAAGCCAAUGUGGAGCUGGGGGGCUCUGUUAAUUUUGACGGGGAAACGAUUGAAGGAGCGCCCCCCUUGUGGGCAGCAUCUGCGGCCGGCCACUUACAGGUCGUGAGGAGUUUGUUGAAACACGGGGCUUCUGUGAACAACACUACUUUAACUAACUCCACGCCUCUGAGGGCUGCCUGCUUUGAUGGCCACCUGGAGAUUGUCCGGUAUCUGAUUGAGCACAAGGCAGACAUGGAGGUGGCCAACCGUCACGGGCACACCUGCCUGAUGAUCUCCUGCUACAAAGGGCACAAGGAGAUUGCCAAGUACCUGCUGGAGAAGGGAGCCGAUGUGAAUCGGAAGAGUGUGAAGGGUAACACCGCCUUGCACGACUGUGCCGAGUCGGGCAGCCUGGACAUUAUGAAAAUGCUGCUCAAGUGCAACGCCAAGAUGGAGAGGGAUGGCUACGGUAUGACGCCUCUCCUAGCAGCCAGCGUGACAGGACACACCAACAUCGUGGAGUACCUCAUCCACCAGCCGCGCUCCUCCCGCGAGGAGCGAAUCGAUGCGCUGGAGCUGCUGGGGGCCACGUUUGUAGACAAGAAGAGAGACUUGUUAGGAGCCAUGAAGUACUGGAAGAGAGCGAUGGAGAUGAGGCAUGGGGACAAGGGCGUAGUCAUCUCCAAGCCCCUUCCAGGGCAGCUCGUGCUGGCGUACGACUACUCCAGGGAGGUGACCACCAGCGAGGAGCUGGAGGCCCUGAUAACUGACCCCGACGAGAUGCGCAUGCAGGCCCUGCUGAUCCGCGAGCGCAUUCUGGGUCCCUCCCACCCCGACACCUCUUACUACAUCCGCUACCGGGGGGCCGUGUACGCUGACUCGGGCAACUUUGAGCGCUGCAUCAACCUUUGGAAGUAUGCCCUGGACAUGCAGCAGAGCAACCUGGACCCCCUCAGCCCAAUGACGGCGAGCAGCUUCCUGUCCUUCGCCGAGCUCUUCUCCUUCGUCCUGCAGGACCGUGCUAAGGGCACCUUGGCCACCCGGGUGACCUUCACCGACCUCAUGGGAAUCCUUAACAAGAGCGUGCGGGAGGUAGAGCGAGCCAUCGCCCAGCGGGACAACCCACCGGAGGUGUCCCAGUUCACCAAGGCCCUCUCCAUCAUCCUGCACCUCAUUUACCUGCUGGAGAAGGUGGACUGCAGCCCCGAGCAGGAGCACCAAAAGAAGCAGACCAUCUACAGGCUGCUAAAGCUCAACCCCAGAGCUAGGAACGGCUACACCCCCCUGCACAUGGCUGUGGACAAGGACACCACCACAGUGGGCCGCUACCCUGUGGGCAAGUUCCCCUCCAUGCAGGUGGCCCUGCUUCUGUUCGAGUGUGGAGCUGAUGUGGACUCGCGGGACUAUGACAACAACACCCCUCUGCACGUGUCUGCCAUGAACGCAAGCCCAGAGAUCAUGAACGUGCUCAUUGAGGCCGGCGCCCACUUCGAUGCAACCAACUCCCAGCGCAAGACCGCCUACGAGCUGCUGGACGAGAAGGCCACCGCCAAGAACACCAUGCACCCCCUCAACCACAUCACCCUGCAGUGCCUUGCCGCCCGAGCCAUUGAGAAACACAAAAUCCCUUACAAAGGGCUCAUCCCCGAGGAAAUGGAAGCCUUCAUCGAGCUGCACUAACCCUUUUGUUCGCUUUCCAUUUUUUUGGAAAAACAUGCAUAAAAAGGAACUAGCAAGUAACAACCUAUUUAACUCUUGUGUCUGUAUGUCAGAUGGCGCUACAGCUUAAGAAGAUGGUGGCAGAAUAAUGUGUUGGUGGGUGGGGGUGGGGGGGUUACAAACUUGCCAAAAAGCUUGCAUGUUGGUUAAAGUAUUCUCAAGCAAGGAACCACCAGCCUCAUGGGUACAGAAUUUUGUCUGUCUAGUGCCUAGUUUUGUUUUGUUUUUUAACUAUUUAUCGCUUUAAUAUGUUUUUUUUUUAAUGUUACUAAAACAGUCAAAAACGGUAAUCGGAUAAUGUGAGAUCUGCUCUUAACAGACAUCACUGAUGGCUCACACCGGUCUCUGUCAUUCAGUACAGAUACUUGUAGACUUGGCAGGUCCGGUUUGCUCUGUCCAGGGCAGAUUGUAUUAGUAUUGUUGGGACUCCAUUGAUGCUUAUAGGAAAUCAUCCCUGCAAGUUAGAUUCUACAUCUACAAACUGGGAGCAGGACAAGCAAUUUUCCACACCUUGGAGUCUUAUUGUUUUUUUGUUUCAUUUUUCAUUAGUUUUUAUUUUACCUUAUUUAAAGCACUUUGAAGAUCUAGUUUGUUUUGCAUCAGGUCCCAAAAAUCAGCCAGUAACUGUUGUUCUGUGUUUAAUUUAAUACCUAAGCAAAGACAACGCACACAGAAUUAAGGUGCCUGAAUAAAAUUCAGUUAUCCUAA